UUUGCAGAUGUUCAAUAAAUGAUAUCGAUGAUUAGGGUUUACAUAUCUCUAAUUGCCUCUGGUCUCUUCAUAGGUCUGGCGGUCAGUGAACAAGCGCUUCAAUGCAUUGCUUGCGGGUUGUCUCAGGUGGACCCCAACAACGAUGUAUUCGGGAGCUAUGGGACUGGUUCUGGGAAGAAGAGAUACAACCAUACUUGCGAAGAGUAUGAGCAAGGAGAGGCAGCUCAGUUUCCUUUUCUACGAUCCUGUCCUUCAGGGGUGCAAAGCUGCUUCUAUAUUACUGGAAAAUAUAAAGAUGUUGAGAUAAAUUUCCGCGGAUGUGCAAACGCUAAAUAUCCGCAUGAUUUUGGGUGUGACAGAGAAUUACAGGCGGUUAAUGUAUUGGACAGACGAGGUCUCUCAACCCAGGUUGAUGUUGAGGUUAACAUCUGCUUCUGUAACACUGUAAACUGUAACAACCAGAUGUCUGAAGCUGAUCCCAUCAGAGCUCAAGCAUUCACCAUGCUUCUCAUCCUCAUAAUAUUUCUAGCAACAUAUCAAUAAAUGAACAACUGAUCCCAUCAGAGCUCCAGCAUUCACUACGCUUCUCAUCCUAAUAAUAUGUAUAGCAACAUAUCAAUAGAUUAACAUCUGAUUCCAUCUGAACUACGAUCUUAUCCCCCAAAAACAUAAUCAGUCACUACUCACUGGCUUCUUAGCUUAUAAUUUGUCUAGCAACAUAUCUACAGUUUAACAGCAACUAUAAUAACACGUACCAUGAUAAAAAAAAAAUUAGUUAAAUAAAAA